GGAAUGCUUUGGACGUAGACGGUAUGCAUCUUUUUGCCGAUACUGGAAGCACUAGCUGACGUUGGGCAUAAUGUAACCUACGUCACACCAAUAGCACCAUCAGAACCACAUCCGAAGAUAAGAUAUAUUCUCAUCGAUGGCUGCUGUGCAGGAUUCAAGGGCAAUUUUUUCUUUGAAAACUCCAAGCGAUGGCUAUACUUCCUUCAAAUGAGCGGUAUGUAUGGGGUUACAACUAAAGGGCUUGAAGAAGUUUACAACCAGCCAGAAGUAAAAAAUCUCAUCGCUUCAUCGGAGGUCUUUGACGCUGUCAUCACAGAGACGUGCUUUUUUCAAGAGGCCAACGCAGCUCUGCACCACAGAUUCAAUGCUGUCGGCAUCGAGAUCUGUUGCUUUGGAGAACGAUCCUGGAUCAACAGCUUAACUGGGCUUUCAGACAAUACAGCCUACAUGAUAGACAGCAGGUCCCCAUACACGGAUAACAUGUCUCUGCUAGAAAGAAUCCACAACAGCUUCAUUACCCUUUCGCUUUCUUUGACCAGCCUGUUCUACCUAUCUCGAAUGGAAGGGGUUGCGAAGAGGUCGCUGAAAUACAACGGUAGCGAAGAUCGACCACCGUUGGGUCACAUCAUGGCCAACUUCAGCAUGAUCUUGGUACACAGUAAUCCAGCCUUAAGCUAUCCGUAUCCAACUUCACCUCACGUCAAAAAGAUUGGAGGAGUCAUAAUAGAAAAGAAUUCUAAACCCGUUCCAAAGCUCCUUCAAAACUUCCUGGAUAGUGCGCAAAAUGGAGUCAUAUACAUGUCCCUUGGAACUAAUCUGGCUGUAGUAUCAGAGAGCAGUGAUUUGGCGAGUACUUUGAUGAAGGUAUUCGGUAGCCUGAAACAGAGAGUAUUGAUAAAGUGGGACUCCGAAUACCCAGUAGACCGGAUACCACCGAACGUCAUGAUUUCUUCUUGGUUUCCUCAGCAACAGAUACUAGCCCACAAUCGAACAGUGCUAUUCAUAACUCACGGUGGAUACUCCAGUUUAUACGAAGCAGCAUAUUUUGGUGUCCCGAUCAUAGGAAUUCCAUAUUUUGGGGACCAGCCGAAAAAUAUCAUGGCAGCUGUCGCUGCAGGCUUCUGCGUCAAGUUGGAUCAUGACAAUGUCACUGAAGAUUCUCUGACUUGGGCAAUCAAAGAGAUAUUGAACAUUAAAAGGUACAAAGAAGAAGCCGAAAGAAGAUCUUCUAUGUUGAGGGACACACAAAAUUCACCGGUGGAUGAGGCUGUGUUUUGGAUCGAGCACGCUAUCAAAUAUCCAAACGCCCUGACUCCGCGAUCAGCAUAUAUGUCCUUCGUUGUAGUUAAUUUGAUUGAUAUUAAAAUUAUUUUACUUAUCGUCAUUUUAAGUUUGUAUUACAUGGCUCGGAAGUUCUUUGGUUGCAACAAUUACAAAAUUCGAGCAAAAAAAGAAAAACCAUUAUGAAUCUAUCGUUGUAAGCGAUGGAACGAAGCAAUGUAAAUAAAUAUUUAUUUAUUUAUUUAUUUGUUUUUUAUUGUUGCCUCUACCCUGCAGGGUCAUUGGCAACACUUCCUAUUUAUAUUCUAUUGUAGAAUUUUAUUUUUUUUAAAAACUGUAAGGUUUUUUCCACGGCGUUUUCGUUGUCGCUGAGGUUAUCUUUUAGGCUCUGAGCCAUAUUGAGAUUUUUCCUUACAUUCUCAAAUACUGGGCAGUCUUGAAUGAUGUGUUGGACAGUUCUUUGCACCUUACAGCUUUCGCAGGUCGGUGGGUCUAGUCCUCUUAGUAAGUAGGAAUGUGAAAAUUCGCAAUGCCCAAUUCUUAAGCGGCAGAGGACUGUCUCUUCUUUUCUAGAGAGUCGGUUGCUAGUUUUCCAUUUGGAACAGUGGCUUUUUAUUCCUUUUAAUUUGGUUUCUUUUUGUUGCCAUACGUUCUGCCACAUUACCCGCAAUUUUUUUUUUAUAUGAUGUAUGAAAUCUUCUAUCGGGAUUUCUUUGAUUAUAACUGUUGGAUUUGUAUCUAGCCUUCUCGCCAUAUUUGCUGCUUUGUCUGCCUGUUCAUUUCCGACAAUUCCGCAGUGUGAAGGAACCCACAUGAAUACUAUUUCCUUUCCCUUUUCUGUCAGUUUCCACCAGAUAUUUUUAAUCGAUCUUGCCAGUGUAGUUGUUGGUGUUCUCUUUUCAAUGGCCAGGAUUGCGCUCUUUGAAUCGGUUACCACGACCCAUUUGUUACCCUCCGUUGAAUCAAUGUAUGUCAAAGCUUCUCUAAUAGCGAUCAUCUCUCCACUAAAUACAGAGCAGAUCUCCGGAAGUUUGAAAUACUUUUCUAUUUGAGAGUUGACAAUAGCACAUCCUAUUUCGUCGUUUACUUUUGAAGCAUCAGUAUAAAUGAUAUUACAUUUUUUAUGCUUCUCCAUUAUUUCCAGAAAUAGGGUUUGUGCUUCGAUAGGAAGUAGCGUAUCUUUUCGAGAGCCAGCCAUCGAGUUCUCUAUAACUGGCGAGGUAUGGAUCCAAGGGGGGAUAAUAAUGUCCGGCACGUCCAAAAGAGAUUCUAACUUUGAUUCUGAGACAUUUUCAAGAAAUGUUUCUACGAAAUGCUUUCCCCAGCUGUUUUCUGAUUCUUCCUGAAACAGUAUUUUAUUUAAUGUAUGUUUUGGGCGUAUCUUAAUUUUGAGACCGUACUUUAGGGUUAGAUACAACCUUCUCAGUUAGAGAGGAGGUUCAUCUGCUUCAACAUACAGGCUUUCUACUGGUGAGGUUGCCAAUGCUCCAGUGCAAAUUCUUAAAGCACAAUUGUGUACAACAUCUAACAUCAUUAAAGUUUUCUUUGAUGCUGUACCGUAAACACUUGAGCCAUAAUCUAGUUUGCUUUUGAUGGUUGUGCAAUAUAUAUUUAAGAGGCUUUUCCUAUCCGCUCCCCAGUUCGUAUGGGAUAGACUUUUGAGGAGGGCGAUCCUUUUCAGACACUGUUCUUUAAGUAUUUUUAUGUGCAGUGUCCAUCGAAGCGGUCGAUCUAAGUGCAUCCCUAGAUAUUUCAGAUUAUCAACAAAUGUGAUUCCGACACCUUUCAUCUGUAUUCUUGGAUUGAAUGUACAACCUCUUAGCCUGCAAAAGUGCAUGGCUCUGGUUUUGUUAGCUGACAGUUUGAAACCACACUCUGUCGACCAUGAUUCUAUGUUGUCAAGGGCUUCUUGGAUUUUCCAUUCUAUAAAUUUAAUGGAUUUGCUUUGUACAUAGAGCAAUAUGUCGUCUGCGUACAUAAUAAGUUUUGCUGGUCUAACAAAAACUCCUGCAAUGUCGUUUAUCGCGACCUGGAAAAGGGUUGCACUGAGUGGGGAGCCUUGGGGAGUACCAUUCUCCGUCGUGUAUACUGUAGAUUCUGAAGAACCAACCCUAACAGUGAAUGUUCUAUGCUUGAGAAAAUCCUUAAUGUAUUUCCACAUCUUCCCUUCAAUAUUCCAUCU